AUGGUUCCAGUUGCGACCUCACCACCUGGACUUAUCUCGAUGAAGUCUCGAGUCAUCAACAAGUUUUAUGAGCCCCUGGUUCUUCUGAAGGCAAUGAACGAUGAGAUGACAAACCUGGCCGAAUUCGUCGACCCGGAUGAUCUCAACUAUCGCGGAGAUGUGAAGAGAAUCUUCCAGGCCUUCAUAUACAAGCUAGCUCAUGUUUGCGACAGUACCCCGGGCAACGGGGGCGGUACCGUUACCUCAAUCAUGUUGCUUCACGGUUCCGAGGCAACAAAUGUUGAGUAUCAUCUUGCAUCGAAUCAGCGAAUUGCAGAUGAUCUCAAGAACGUCAGGGCAUACAUCCAAUAUCUACUUGAGCGAUUGAACAGAGCAUCAACGUCAGAAAGGACCUCAGAGCUGCGUAAGGACUUGCUAAACGCAGUACUCUGGUUCAACAGACCCAGAAUCAACUCCUACAUCGUCAGACUUAAGAAAGAGAUACAACGCUGCAUCGAUGAUGCUCGAAAUGUUGAAUCAGUCAUUGAAUCCCUAACAAGCACUCUCGGACUGCUUGAAUUUCACGAUGACAGGAUGGCCACUCAAUCUCAUUCCUCCGAGGUCUGGGUAUACAUCGACCAACAAGCGACAGGAGUUCGUUUGAAUGGAGUCACAAGCAGCUCCUCUUCUUACUGGCCUGAGAUACGGCAUAUGGUUAAUCGUCUUCUGGCAUAUUGUAAGGACAUCGAGUUCUUCCUUCUUGCGAAAGACAACUGGCCUGAGAUAUUUCGAAACUUCGAGAUCUUGAUUCACCCAUCCAGUCACCCGCUCUCGCGACCAGGACGGAACAAAAGUAUGACCGCCGAAGGCAUUGUCGGUCGCAUGACCCGCAAAGAAGAUAUCAUCGAAAAGUUUAGGGAAUUCGUUCAAGACCUGCAAAUCAUGCACUUGGACCAAAGAAUUCAAACAGAAUAUCAAAAAGACAACUUUCAUCCAAUUGUCCACUCGGAGAUUUUGCUGCUCAAUCACCUCGAGAAAACAGCGGGAGGCGUUUCCCCUGACAGGUUCUUCAAUAAUUGGAUGUACAUUGGCAGCAGCAAGCCAACCUGCCGGCUCUGCCAGUACUACUUCGAGGAGCACCGGUCUGGCGUCGGGCAUCGAAGCAGUCACAAGAACCUUUAUAUCAGCUGGCGCGUUCCUGAUGUACUCCAAUCCGAAGGUCACGCAGGCGAAGAGAAGCGACAAGUUAUGGUCGAUAGGUUACUUUUGAGGAUUCGCAAAGAUGCCUUCAAUCUCGUGGAGAAAAAGGUGAGGCCGACAUUCAGAAACCACGAUUCCAUCACGUCAUCCGUCAGCAUGACUUUGCAUGGGAAAUGGAGCGAUGCUUCCGACAUAUCUGAUGUCAUGGCCUCAAUAGGGGGUCUGCAAUUGAACAACGAUGGAGAUACUCACAACAUCGUCAAAUUCUACCUAGGACCAAUGCGCGUAUACUUUGUUCAGGGAGGAGAAAGCGUGCAAGCCAUGUUUCGAUCGUCUACCAGCAUCAGCUCGAACAAGUUCAUCCUACUGGUCAUGAGAAACCUGCAAGGGUCCGCCCAAAAAGAUGUCGACAAGUUCGCAAACGACCUCUCGGGGCGGCAAAGAGUACCUGCACCCGGCUACGAAAACACACCGCAAGAGGAGCGAUAUUGGUACACUUUGCAUCACAUUACCGUUGAACAUCUAUCACGCGCAGAGCCCACCGCUCAUUUGGCAGAGACUUACACAAACUUCUUUAACGAGGCUUUGGAAAAGCAGCCUGUGGGCCAGUGGGCGACUGUUCGUCUUUUGGAAUUCUUGAAGAGGGAAAUGUGUGCGAGCGCCAUCAGGUCAUUCUGCGGCACCGAGUUAUUGGAGAUGUUUCCGGACUACGUCGAGCAGUUCUGGCGUUUCGAUAGCAUCGCUUUUCAGGUUGUGUAUGGGCUACCAAAGUGGAUCAACAGCGGUCCGGUAAAUGAACGCGAUAAGUUGAACGGCAUGACGCAGAAGUAUCUGAGAAAGGCCUUUGCAAAAUUUGAUUGGGACGGUUCUGCGGUGGAUUCCAUCUGGGAGCCCACGUUCGGAUCAAGCUACGUUCGCAAGAUGACCAAAUGGCUUCACGACACAGAUAUGGCUCCGGAGACUCAAGCCGGUUUCUACAUGAUUGCGAUCUUUGGAAUAAACGCGAACACAAUACCAAUCACCACCUGGGCGAUGAUUGAGCUCUUGCGAGAUCAGAAGCUGUUCCAAGCAGUUCGCAGCGAGGCCCUUGAGACCCUUAAUGUGGAUCCCGUUACCGGGAAGCGGUCCUUCAAUGUAUCCAAGCUCAUCUCAAUGCCGCUGAUGCAGUCUAUUUAUACGGAGUGCAUGCGUCUUCAUGUCUCCAUUGCGCUCUCCAGAGAAGUCGUCGAGGCAACCACGCUCCACGGCUUCCGCUUGGAGAAAGGCUCAAUAAUUCAGGCCCCGACACAUUUUGUGCACUUGGACGAGCAGAUAUGGAGCCAAGAAGGACAUUCUGCUUCUGAGUUUUGGGCAGAGAGACAUCUAAAGCAUGUGAAGAAAGUAGAAGAAGGUACUGAUCGACUUACCACCGAAAAGCAGUUUGUAUUGGAGGGAAAGACCAAUGAGUUCAUCCCGUUUGGUGGUGGACCAUCCAUGUGUCCGGGGCGGUUCUUUGCCAAACAAGAGAUUCUUCUCACAAUCGCCAUCCUUGUCACAAAGUUCGACAUGGAGUUUGUUGAGUGGACAAAUUUGGACGGGUCCAAGUCUGAUCGACCCCCUGUGGAUGAUGAGCGGUACUUUGGUACAGCUGCUGUACCUCCGGAUCGCGAUGUCAAGGUACGGUGGAAGAAACUCUGGUGA